GCCUUGCCCAGGAAGACGCGCUGGUGGCCGGCGGCCCGCCCGCCGCGUAACGGGUGGCGCUCGGCCCAGCAUCCGUGGCGAGGAGACAGAGGCAGGCGGGCGCUUCCAGCAGGCUGACGUGCGCGAGGAGAGGCCGGCCUGCGCGCCCCGGCCACGCCGAAGGGCCCUUCGUGGGGGGGUCCCAGAUGGUGGCAGGCCCCGCGCGCCCUCCCGGCGGGGGCGGCAGAGAGAGAGAGAGAGGGAGGGGCGGGUCCCAGCAACACAAGGCCAGAUGAUAAAUGUCAAGCAGCAGCAGCGGGUUGAUUUCCUCCGGUGGGCUUUCACUUGAGAGUCUGGAGGCUGGAGGCAAGGCUGGCAAGGACAGUGGAAAGGCCAAGGCGAAGGCAGUGUCUCGCUCACAAAGAGCUGGACUUCAGUUCCCAGUGGGCCGUAUCCACAGACACUUGAAGACUCGCACCACAAGCCAUGGACGGGUUGGUGCUACAGCUGCUGUGUACAGUGCUGCAAUUCUUGAGUACCUCACUGCUGAGGUUUUGGAGUUGGCAGGUAAUGCCUCCAAGGAUCUCAAGGUAAAACGUAUCACUCCUCGUCACUUGCAGCUUGCUAUUCGUGGUGAUGAGGAAUUGGAUUCCCUUAUUAAAGCUACCAUUGCUGGUGGAGGUGUAAUUCCUCACAUCCACAAGUCUCUGAUUGGAAAGAAGGGACAGCAGAAAACUGCAUAGAGAGGAGUUUUAAACAGCCCUCUUCCUCCCUGUCAUUGUACUGUAACUGGGACAGAAGAAAUAUGGGGAUAUGUGGAAUUUUUUUAAAAAUAGUUAAAUGGAAGAGCAUAGACAAUUGACUGUAGACUUAAAACAUUUGUAUGUUCUUUAGAUUCAAAGUUUGACAAAAAAAAAGUACCUUGUUAUGUGACAGCAAUUUGUGUGUUGAUUGGCUAGGUUUCUCCCAUGUGUUUUAUACAAAAAUGGAACUGAUAAACCAUUUUUUACAAAA